GACACUUCACCUCAGCAGAGGACUUGAACCUGCUCAUCGCCAAGAACACGCGGCUGGAGAUCUACGUGGUGACAGCAGAGGGGCUCAGGCCCGUCAAGGAGGUGGGGAUGUACGGCAAGACCGCUGUCAUGGAGCUCUUCCGCCCCAAGGGGGAGAGCAAGGACUUGUUGUUCAUCCUGACAGCCAAGUACAACGCCUGCAUCCUGGAGUACAAGCAGAACGGGGACAACAUUGACAUCAUAACCCGUGCCCAUGGCAAUGUGCAGGAUCGCAUCGGCCGCCCCUCGGAGACCGGCAUCAUCGGCAUCAUUGACCCCGAGUGCCGCAUGAUCGGCCUGAGGCUCUAUGAUGGCCUCUUCAAGGUCAUCCCCUUGGACAGGGAGAACAAGGAAUUAAAAGCUUUUAACAUCCGCCUGGAAGAGCUCCAAGUCAUCGAUGUGAAGUUCCUCUAUGGCUGUCAGGCUCCAACCAUCUGCUUCGUCUACCAGGACCCUCAGGGUCGGCACGUGAAGACGUACGAGGUGUCCCUGCGCGAGAAGGAGUUCAACAAAGGUCCCUGGAAACAGGAGAACGUGGAGGCUGAAGCCUCCAUGGUCAUUGCAGUGCCAGAGCCUUUUGGAGGCGCGAUCAUCAUUGGGCAGGAGUCCAUCACCUACCACAACGGAGACAAAUACCUAGCUAUAGCUCCUCCUAUCAUCAAGCAAAGUACAAUUGUGUGCCACAACCGUGUGGAUCCCAAUGGAUCCCGUUACCUCCUGGGGGACAUGGAAGGACGCCUCUUCAUGCUGCUCCUGGAGAAGGAGGAGCAGAUGGAUGGCACUGUCACCCUGAAGGACCUGCGUGUGGAGCUGCUCGGGGAGACAUCCAUUGCAGAGUGUUUGACCUACCUGGACAACGGGGUUGUGUUUGUUGGCUCUCGCCUUGGGGAUUCCCAGCUUGUGAAGCUCAACGUGGACAGCAACGAGCAGGGCUCCUACGUGGUGGCCAUGGAGACCUUCACCAACCUUGGCCCCAUCGUUGACAUGUGUGUGGUAGACCUGGAAAGACAAGGGCAAGGACAGCUGGUCACAUGCUCAGGAGCUUUUAAAGAGGGCUCACUACGGAUCAUCCGCAAUGGCAUUGGGAUCCAUGAACAUGCCAGCAUUGACCUGCCAGGGAUCAAAGGAUUGUGGCCCCUGAGGUCGGAUUCUCAUCGUGAGACAGAUAAUACGUUGGUGCUGUCCUUCGUUGGCCAAACCAGGGUUCUAAUGUUAAAUGGAGAGGAGGUGGAAGAGACAGAGCUCACAGGGUUUGUGGAUGAUCAGCAGACCUUCUUCUGUGGCAAUGUGGCACACCAGCAAUUGAUCCAGAUCACCUCUGCCUCUGUGAGACUGGUUAGCCAGGAGCCCAAAGCCCUGGUGAGUGAAUGGAAGGAGCCCAAUGGAAAGAACAUCAGCGUGGCUUCCUGCAACAGUAACCAGGUCGUGGUGGCUGUGGGACGAGCCCUCUACUACCUGGAGAUCCGACCCCAGGAGCUCAGGCAGAUCAGCUGCACAGAAAUGGAGCACGAAGUUGCGUGCCUGGACAUCACCCCCCUGGGGGACAGCAGUGGCAUGUCCCCGCUGUGCGCAAUCGGGCUCUGGACUGACAUCUCUGCCCGCAUCCUCAAGCUGCCUUCGUUUGAGCUGCUGCACAAAGAGAUGCUGGGAGGAGAAAUUAUCCCUCGCUCCAUCCUGAUGACGACCUUCGAGAGCAGCCACUACCUCCUGUGUGCCCUCGGGGAUGGGGCUCUCUUCUACUUUGGCCUCAGCCUUGAGACAGGUUUGCUGAGUGACAGGAAGAAGGUGACCCUUGGCACCCAGCCCACUGUCCUGAGGACCUUCCGCUCUCUGUCCACCACCAACGUGUUUGCCUGCUCUGACCGUCCCACCGUCAUCUACAGCAGUAACCACAAGCUGGUCUUCUCCAACGUCAACCUGAAGGAGGUGAACUACAUGUGUCCCCUCAACUCGGAUGGGUAUCCUGAUAG